AUGUCUGUCAAUGUGGAAGUCGCGCUGCUCAGCGGAAGAUCGGCCGCCAUCACCGCCGAGCUCACCUGGACCGCAGCGGACCUCAUGCGCGAGGCGCAGCGCAUCUUGAAGGUUGGACCGGGCGUGUUGUUGCGCCCCACCGGUGAAGUCCUUUGCAGAAAGACGCUGGGGCAAGCGGGGCUGCAGAAUGGGGAGGCCUUGACCCUGCAAGUGGGCCAAGUUCAGGUGGCGGCCUCUCUGCCAGCCUUUGCCGCCAUCGUCGGUGGCUCUGUGGUGUCGUGGGGCAGGUCAAUCUGCGGUGGCGACAGCGGCGAUGUCCAGAGUCAGCUACAGGGCGUCCAGCGAAUUCAAGCCUCUGGCAGCGCCUUUGCUGCGAUCCUGGCCGGGGGCUCCGUGGUCACUUGGGGCCAUGUCGACUACGGGGGUGACAGCACCGCAGUUCAGGCGCAGCUUCAUGACGUCUGCCAGAUUCAAGCCUCUGUCGCUUCCUUUGCAGCCAUCCGCCUGGACGGGUCGGUGGUGACGUGGGGCAAUCCGGACUUUGGUGGAGACAGCAGCAGUGUUCAACAUCAGCUGGCCGGCGUGCGUUGGAUCCAGUCCUGUCGGCAGGCAACCCUAAACCCUAAACCCUAA